CUCCUCCCUGUCCCGUUUGAGGGGACUUUGCCCGGCAGAACUUCCUGGUUUGAACAAGGUUUAACUGCAUCAGAAAAUAUGUGGAUGCUGCUAUUGAAGGCUGUCAAUCCAGAUCUGAAACCCACAAGCUGGAAAAUGGUGCCCAGUUUACCAGAGUUUUCGGGCAAGUGUUCUGAAAAUAAGAAACCACUAAACCCAGAAGUCUUUAAGGUUGGAAAAAAAGAUUUUCAAUGGAUGCCAUAUCCAGCUUUCUGCAGAGAAAAAGCUCUUAAAACACAUGAUCCAAGUUUCCAUCAUCAGGUAUCAGAAAGCCGAACUGACCAUUUAAUGACAGGUGAAGACCAAACAGACAAAAAAUGGAAAAGUGUUUCUCCCACAGUUGAGAAAACAUCCCUUGCAGCCACUGAAGAUCCUACUGAGAACCUGAGAAUUGGAGACAGCACAAGAAAUUCUUCAAAAACAAAGGAAGAAAAGAUUGAACCAUGUAAACUCACUGAACAUACAUAUUCAACACUGGAUUUGACACCAGCUCCCACAAAAAGCCUAGGGAAGGAUUUUAGUCUUCAACAGGUCUGCAAAAAGUCAGCAAAGAGCAAAGAGGAAUACAGAAAAGAAAAAGAAAGCAAAAGAUUGCCAAAUGUGCAAAAACACCACCAGAACGUUACAUUAGAUGAGACCAGCUCUACAUCUCUAGAAAUAAAACUUCACCCGACCGAUACCCCCAGAAUGGAAGGCCCUGAAGAAAAGGCUGAGGCUCGGAGUCAGAGAACUGUAACUCUUGAUAGUUGUCCUAUGUGUCAAAUCCAGUUUAGUGGAAUGUUGUCACAGUUGGACAUUGAUGGUCAUCUUGCUAAAUGCUUGUCUGAAAGUGCAGACGACGUGAUUUGGUAAAAUCACAAGAAUGAAGAACAAAGUCAAAUGCUAACAUCCGGAUUUCUCUAGAAGAAAAAAAGUAAAGUAUAUCAAGAAAAGGGUGUCAGUUACCAUGCUUAUUAAACCUGCAAAAAAAAUUAAAAAGCUACAGAAAGACAGGUCAGAAA